AGCUAAUCUGCGUGCAAUGGGUUUUUCCCAUAUCCCACAUUGCACUAUUUUGUUUACAGUUAGCAACCACUUUGACAGAUGGACAGACAACGGGGCCAUUUAGCCAAGAAUCCACAUGAACUGGUUGAUAAGCUUACAUGGAUAAAGAUUGUAGGCAUAGGUAAUGCUGGCGUGGGUAAAACGUGUCUCAUCAAGCACUUUUGUGAAAGCAAGUUCAGCGGUGGAUACCAACCAACAGUGGGCGUAGACUAUGGGUUCAAGAUUCAGAACGUUAAAGGCUGUGAACUGCGUGUACACUUAUGGGACCUGUCCGGUAGUCCGGAAUACAUCGACGUCCGAAACGAGUUAUACGGUCAGACGGACGCCAUUUUCCUCGUGUUUGACGUCACCAACCAAGCCUCGUUUGAGAGUCUGGACACGUGGCUGAAGGAGGUCACCAAGUACAGCAGCGGCGUGCACGAAAUUGUCCUCGUGGCGAAUAAGGUGGACACUAAAGCGGGCAAACGAUUAAUUAGUACCCAGGAUGCUAAGAAAUGGGCACAAAGUCAUAAAAUGAACAUCUACGAGGCCAGUGCGGCGACGGGUGACGGUGUGUUGAAGCUGUUUGACGAGAUGCUUAAUAACAUCAUCAACAAGCGUCGACAGGCGGGCAUUCUCACCAGCUGACCCGGCGACCUUGCUCAGCUGUUACCACACAUCAUGUGUAUUGUUGCCAUUAACUAAACGAGGACCUGUCAAUUUAAGAAGGCCUUCAGUCAGUCAGAACAUCACAUAUGUUUCAAAAGGACGAGAUUUAAAUUACUGAAUAUUUCACGAAAACGAUGUAAUGACGUUAUUGAUCAUUCAUGAAAUAAUUGAUAUUGUAAACCCUUUAACCCAUAUAAUAAAACAAAUCACGGUUGCAUGA